CUCUUUGAUUGGUCGAUGUACAUACCUUAUUCUCUUCAAUGCGUGGACGUGUGUGUGGAGUGCCUUUCGCGGCAACAAUGGGAACGAACGCGUAGGGAGUCGAGCGAGUGGCUCCCAUAAAAUACAUAGAAGCUGCAAGUGAUGCGCCAUCCCAACAAUCGGUUCAUGUAAGCAGUUUUAUACGAGUCACAAGAUGGCAGGCUACAGUCGGCAAGAUUUUUUCCAUGAGUUGGCAAGUGGCUGCUUGUUUCCAACCCUGCAACAAGGCAUUGAGCAAGUCUGGCAACUGCUGUUCAUCUGCUUGGUCUGCCGACUUUUCUGGCGACUUGGUGUACCCUCAUACUUGAAGCACCUCACUACAAUCUGUGCUGGCUUCUACUCGCUGUAUCUCUUCUUCCAGUUGCACAUGGUCUGGGUGGUGCUGCUCAGCCUCCUCUGUUACCUUAUCCUCUUCCUCUGCCGGCAUUCCAGUAACCGAGGCACCUUUUUAUCCAUCACUAUCCUCAUUUACUUGCUAAUGGGGGAACUUCAUAUGAUGGACACUGCCACCUGGCACAAAAUGAGAGGCUCACAGAUGGUGGUUGCAAUGAAGGCAAUCUCACUGGCAUUUGACCUGGACCGUGGUGUCGUGGCAACUGUACCAUCACCUGUUGAGUUCAUGGGUUACAUCUACUUUGUGGGCACUGUCAUCUUUGGCCCUUGGAUCAGCUUUACAAGCUAUCUGCAGGCUUCUGAGAGCCGUAAACUGAGUGCUGCAUGGUUUUUCAAAGUCUCAUCCAGCUGGGUGAAAUCUCAGGUCUGCUUGGUUAUCUCUAACUGUAUCGCCCCUUAUCUCUUCCCCUACUUCAUACCCAUCUAUGGAAAUCGUCUGAUAGGCAAAUGGCUGAAUGCCUAUGAGAAUACUGUAUCUUUCCACUACAGCAACUAUUUUGUUGGUUAUUUAAGUGAGACCACUGCCACUCUGUCUGGAGCAGGUUUCACUGAAGAAAAGGAGAAUCUCAAGUGGGACAUUACUGUGUCCAGACCUUUAAAUGUGGAGUUACCACGGUCGAUGGUGGAUGUAGUUACUUCCUGGAAUCUGCCCAUGUCUCGUUGGCUUAAGUCCUAUGUUUUCAAUAGCGCCCUAAGCCUGGGAACCUUUCCUGCAAUUCUGGUGACAUACUCUGCUAGUGCCCUGUUACACGGGUUGAGUUUCCACCUGGGUGCAGUUCUUCUUUCUCUGGGUUUCAUUACGUACGUUGAGUAUGUUCUUCGAAAGCGACUUUCUGUCAUUAUGAAUGCUUGCAUCUUGUCCAGACGUUGUCCUCCAGAUUGUAAACACCAAUACAAGACGCAGAAUCUCUGGGUACGGGCAACCAAUGUUGGGUUUGGCAUGCUUGCUGUCUUUCACUUGGCUUAUCUAGGCUCCUUAUUUGAUGCAUCAGUGGAUGAUGUAGAAGGCGAAGAGGGUUAUGCACCAUCACACACAAUUAAAAAAUGGUCAGAACUGAGCUGGGCCAGCCAUUGGGUGACAUUUGGCUGCUGGGUGUUUUAUCGACUCAUCUGCUGAACACAACAACAUAUGAAGAACUGCAAUAAAGGGCAAAUUUUUUAGUCUAUUCUGCAUUAUGAUGCAGACAAUUUUUGAGUUGCCAAGGGGGUUGCAGUGAAAGGUAUUUAAAUCUCUACUGCAAGCAAAAUAUAUAUAUUUUUAUUGAUAAAUUUGUUAUUCUUUAUGUAUGAAUCCUUAAAUGACAGUUGGAGGUGGAGUUUCAAAAUGGAUCUAACAAAUCAAGGGACUGAAUUCUAGUACAAUAACAAACUUUAUUGAAGAGGAAUGUGCAAUGAUUUUCCCAGAGUCUGCCGUUAGCCUAUUGUCGCAGCUGUCCCAAUCCCACACAUAUUAGCUCCAAGUAAGUCUUCUUUUUAAAUAAUUAGAAUGAUGGGUCUCUGUAGUUACUGUACCUUUUCUGAGACCUUUCCUCAUCUGAAAUGAUUGUGCUUAAUGUUCCUUUUCCAGCAUUAACCCAAAGUGUACUGUAUCUGUUCAAACACAACUAGAAUAUUUUAGCAAUUUCUUAUAACUAUGAUAUAGAUUCACAAAAAGCUAGCCAAUAAAUGCAUCAAAUUCCAACUUCUGCAAUGUCAUCAUGUGGGUAUGAUGAGGUGUGGCAUUUCUCUUAAGCAUUCCCUGUGGGAUGCAGAGAAGUGCUUACUUUGUCAGUUGACAAUCUGAUAAAAGUAGAGUUUACUUUGAUAAAUCUUCAAUCAGAUUUUGCUUUCUGUACUUUUAUGACAUACUAACCUUGAAUUCAACAAAGAUUUAUGUAGCUUGUGAUAACUACCUUCUUCUGGCUAGCACCUAUUCAACUAAUUCUUUAAUAUCUUAGAGCCAGGUUUCAAUGGUGUUUCUUAACCAUAAAUGCUGAAUAAGCACAUGACAAGUAGCAUACAGCACAUCUUUGCACAAUUGUUAAAGCAAAGUCAAUCAUGGCUGCAUUAGAUUGGUUUUAGUUUUUCCUUUUUUUAUGGUUCCUGCCCCCAAGAUAUCAUUCUAAAUGGCGUUGUCCUCUAAUAAAUGAAUUUCACUUAAUUAGAAGACCUGUUAUAUAGCAAGAUUAAUGAUAAACACCACCCUAAAGUAUUUUAUAUGUGUAUUAAAGAAAGCAUAAACACAUAGUUUUAAAAUGUAUCCAAAAAAGGGAAGGUGUCUUACUCAGGUUCAUAGCAUAUGCUCAUGAAUAUGUGACAAGACUAGAGUUUUUCUGCAAGUUGCACCCAACCACAAAUCCAAGGCUAAUCAACAAAAUAUAUAAUUGUUGCACAUUUAACUUUUCUUAUUCAAUAUGCAGGUUCACAAUUUCUGUUUUUUCUCCCUCGUUUCUUGUAACCUGAAUUGGUUCAGCAAUUCAGAAAACUCUAGAUGUUUUUUUUUCUGUCCUCAUUAAAGCAACACUCAGCUUGGUAAUUUAAAAAGUCAAAAACACAUGCUAAAUGAGCUACUAAUAUGCAGCUUAAACAAUUAAGGUAUGGUACCAGUGCACAGGAAUUUAAAAAGAAUUCCAUUAUUGAACUGUGGAUCUUAAUUAAGAGACUGACUUCCCUUAUUAGACAUAUCUCCAAACCUGAUUUCUUAAUAUUUAUUCGCAUUACCAUGGGCAUUCAUGACUGUAAUCAUGGCUUGAAAUGUUCAUGUUUUUUCUUAAACAUGCUUUAUCCAUUUCUGGGUUGAUGAAAAUCUGGGAGAUGGAAGCAACACUGGACAGGACAUUAGUCCAUCUCAGGGCUCACUCAUGCAAACACCCACACUCAGCUCAGACAGAGAAUAAUUAGGAAAUGCCAAAUGACCUAACCAGCCUGUGUUGGGGAUGUAAUAGGAAAGCUGGAGUAACCAGAGGUAAAUCCAUAUUGACAUGGUGAAAAUGUCUUUACUCCACUUGGACAACUGCCAGGCUUGCAAUUUGAACCCAACAGACUUUCAUUUUAGAUGUUUUGAAUAAUCAUAGAUAUUAAAAGUGGCUAUCAUAGCAAAUAACCUUUUUUUAGUUUAAUUUCUUUCCACACAAAAAAUGCAAAAUGGGAUUUGCAUGGAAACAGAGUGAUAACUCUGGUUUUUAUUAGGUUGCACCUCUGUGACUGAUCAGUUUUGAAUCAUUUCUCCUGACAGCCAGAACCCAGUUUUGAUUCCUGUCCUCCUUCAUCCUUACUGUAGCAUGCUGCUUUAGCCACCUCCUUAUGUUUACUAUCUUCAUAUGGAUGUCUCCCAGCUUUGUUUUGCUGUGUUUUAAUGCUUCAUGUCAUUCAAAGAUUUUACAAAAAAAAAAAAAGAAUUAUAAAUUUAUUAUGCAGAAUUGUGUUAUCUAAAUUAUUAAAGACUGAAGAAAAAUCUUUUACAUGAGGUUAUACUUUGUAUUAGUGAUUUCAUUAACAGUCUAUACUGUUGUUGUUACCCAUGAUUUUUAAAAUGCAAAUUAUUUUAAAUCAAUCCGCCCAAUCCUGAAUGUACUAAUGUUUCAAUCCUAAACACGAUUAUCUUUCAAAUUGUGCUAUCCAGCUUCUUAACAUUUAUGGUUUUCAUUUGUGUUUUUCCUUCUUUACGUUUUCAUUUAUCAGUAUUUCAAUGUUUUUGAGCUUGAUAGAAAGUUAUUUUUGACGUUGGACAAGGAUAAAAGCAGAAAGCACAAAAGUGUUAAAUGCCAAAAACAAAAAUGUGCCAAACUUGUAAUUUAAAAGAUAUUAAUGGAAGAGAUGUCCUUUUAUUGCAGUAUAGCUAUUUAAGCAUAAUUCUAGGACAAACUUUAGUGUUGUAAAAUUGUGAUAAAAAAAUGUACAAAGCAUUGCAAUACUAAAUGGAAAUGAAUAGUGAAAAUAGGCUUGAAAAGUAAAUUUUGAAGAAUGAAGUAAGUUAAAAAAUGCCUCCAUAGUUUGCUAGUGAAUUGAAAGCCUUUCUGUUACAAGUGUAGAGACAACUAGCAGCAGUCAACUAACAGUCUUUCUCUACUGCCAAAUGCCUGGUAGCCAUCCUCCAAAAUUCAAUAGAGUUAAUGUACAAUAGUGACUAUAUAGAAUAGCAAUAGCUGCCCAAAAAUAAACUGUUAAAUUACUUGGAGUCUAACACCAAUCUGCAUUUAACAUUUAAACACAUAAGUGAAUUUUGUAAGGUGGGAGAAAAAUUACUGUGUUCUGCCCUGUCUGUAUCAAGAGAAGCACCAGACAAAUAGAAGGCUCAAAAUGCUUGUGGAAGUCAUGAAGCAUGUUUAAAAUGUCACAAAGUAAUGCUCUUUUUGCAGUGACUUAACAAUGACUUGCAACUGCUGAGGCUACCCUUUUCUAUAAAUAUAAAAAAAGCACUUUUAUAGGCUUUGGGUGCAUUAUUGCUUUUAUUACGAUUGCACUCCUAGGUAAUUGUCAUUCUUAUUUUUAGAAUUUCAUCGCAAGUCACUCUGACACUGUUGUUUCCCUUUAGCCUCCAAUUAAUAUACUGUAUAAGGUACACAAGAAUACAGUCUAAUGCAGCAACAUUAUUAAUGCAGGGGUCUUACAAACUGAUGCUGAAAUGUUUGAGGCUAUGUGUAUGCUUUUUUUUUUU